GACAGCAGCGCUGUGCGAGCUGAUCUUCAGGCGUUACAUUUUUUCUUCCCUAAGCGAGAUCAUACCGUGGCUCAACUGCGACUACCCGAACACAUAAUCCAAAUGUGGCAGGAGGAGCCGGGGAGUGACGAAGAGGUGUACGAGGUGGUGGAUCUGACAGAAUACGCUCGGCAGCAUCAGUGGUGGAGCAGGAUAUUUGGGAACAAUUCUGGGCCUAUAGCUGAGAAAUACUCUGUCGCAACCCAGCUCAUGAUGGGAGGGCUCACUGGAUGGUGUGCUGGUUAUAUCUUCCAGAGAGUGGGUAAAGUGGCCGCCACUGCUGUCGGUGGAGGGUUCCUCCUUUUACAGAUUGCCAAUCACAGUGGCUAUGUGCAGGUGGACUGGAAAAAAGUAGAGAAUGAUGUCAACAAAGCAAAGAAACACCUGAAGAAGAAAGCGAACAAAGCAGCCCCUGAACUCAACACAUUCAUUGAGGAGGUAAAGGCCACAGAUUUUAUCAAGAGAAACAUCGUCUUGUCCAGUGGUUUCGUUGGAGGAUUUUUCCUGGGUUUGGCCUCCUAAAAGACACUGACUGCACUCUAUCAGUCAGAGUAGAUCAUUUUUGUCUCCAUCAUUUACAUCUCCUCCCACUUUCUGAAUUAAUGACGGACAUCAUUGUGAGCGUUGGAUCGUGAUAGUUUGAGUUAUAUAUUUACAUUUAUGGUUGAAAAUUACCCAAGUUAACACUCAUCCUUAGCCAUGUGUGUUUGAGAUGCUGGAUUAUAUUGUGGACUUAAUCCCAAAUAUUGGUCCACUGCUGUUUUAUGUAAAAAUGUGUCUAGCCUCAUAUGCAUGAAAACCCGGACCCCAGAGGCCACAGCAGCCUCACCAGCGAACGUUAUCUGAUUGUUGCACAUUUUUGCAACAUCUUAACCUUCUUUCUUGAUUUGGAUUAUCAUGUUGCAACGCAUAUUCGAUACAUACUCUUAAUCACCUCACGACUGUGAAACUAGCAGCGGGACCGACAGACCAAAUUACAUGCAUAAAUACCAUAUCCCGAUUAGCUCAAUGUACUGUCCAUACUGAAGUCGGACCAUGGGGUCGCCCCCUCUAAAAUAAGUUGAACAGGUUUCGUAGGCUACUUUAACAAAGAUUUGGUCCAUUUACUGUCUCUGUUGUGAGUGCAUUAAUGAAUCGCUCCCUGUAACUGUGGGCCGUUCCCCUGAUGAAAACAAAGGAGAGAAAAUAACGAAUCAAUAGCACUGAAUUGGCCCUGAAGGGCUGCCGGUGCGCCUGGCAUUUAUUUUGCCCACUGUACGAUGGCCAGUCCAGUCCAGCUCAUGUGCCCAACACAAGAAGUGGCAUUACAAAUAUAUGUCGUGACUUCUGGAUUGUCUCGAGUUGCCACUGUGAAUCACUCACAUAACUUGCUUGGCAUUUCUAUGCCAGUUACUCUUCCUGUCACAACCCAAGCCCACUCAUUUAUUCCCUUUUUUUUUAAUCCAGGAAUGAAAUCAGCAGUAGCUCAGUAUUGUUUGGGAUACUGGCCAGGAGUUGAAACACUCCUUCACAAAUCUACUGCGUGCAACUAUUAGUAUUUUUUUUUAUCUUUAUCGCCUUGCAAAUUCAUGGAAGAAUGAGAAGCUCUGGUUGUCAUCAAGAGUAAGAGCGUAGUGACUGACUGUGUCAUGAAUUUACUGUAGUAGAAUUUAAACUUGACAUUCACACAUUACAAAC